CAGUACAUAGAAUAAGUGGUGCGAGGUGCGUGCGUGCGACCGUGGCAGAAGCCAGCCUGAUGUUAUUCACGAAUAUCAGCUGAUGUCAACGAGGUGUUUACAUCCACUCAUAUGAAUUGAAAAUGUAAUCGACAAUUGUACGAAAUGACCAAGUCGCUGCUGAUCUUCGUGCCGGCCGACUUUUAUCUGGAGGCCGGCUGCAUAUACGGGGAAUUGGUGCCGAGCAACGACGACGUUGACAACCUCGAUGGCGAAUACAAAUUUUUCGUUCUCGGUGUCCGAGACAAUGUGCAGCAGCUCAAAAAGGAAUACCCUCGAGGCGACGUUGUGCCGCUCGGCUAUUAUUACGGCCGGGAAAAGCGUCGAGAGUACUGGGACAAAAAGUUGCCGUGCUGGAUCGAGAUGUUCUUGUCGCCGCAGAGCAGCAACAAUUACGAUUAUUGCCUGCGAAGCGUCAUUCUGAACAAUCAAAAGAUCGACUUGAACAAUUAUCAUUCGAAGAUUGUACUCUACGAUCGAGACUAUUUGUUAAAAACGGAACUGUACACGGAAAAGUAUCCAGCAGAUCAGUUUCUCGAAUUGCGCAACGUUUUGACUAGGGAUGAGUCAAGGAAAAAAAGCCAAAAACAAUAUACUUGGUUUGGCUGGAUAAGAGCCUACUUGUUUAGCUUGCUAGUCUUGAGUUUAUUGCAUCCGGUGUCGUGGAUCGCUGGAAUUUUAAAAGCUCUCAGUCCAGGCAUCAGAUUUUCUUUUCUUGGCUUACAUUUAAUCAAAUGGUUCGAAAGUGCUGAGUGGAUGUUGAGAACACUUAUAAAGAAUAAAAGAUUUACUUUAAAAACCACCAAUUAUCUCAUUGCCAUGACAAUUGAUGCUGUACUAGGAUACUUAUCCAUAAAAUUUAUACUUCACAUUGUUGAAGAUUCAUCAUUUUAUGAAAUUAUAUAUUUUGAACGGAAUGUAGUAGAUUAUGUUAGAAAUCUUAUAGGCUGGUUAAUGGGAUCACCAGCAGGCCUGAAGUUGAAUCGCCCAUUGAAUAAUAUAUUAGGAGAAUUUUUUUUAUACCACUUACAUUUAUGGUUGUCAUUUUUACUAGCAGUAAAUCCUGUAAUGGAAUUUGGUUUUGCAAUUCUUUUAUUUUUUGGCAAACUUGGAAUAACAUGUCAAAUGGCUAUUAUUGCUGAUCUUUUAACACUUGUGAGCUUUCACACUUAUUGCAUUUAUGUCUAUGCACAAAGGUUAUUUGCUUUACAAUUACAAGGACUCAUAGCAUUAUUCAGAUUAUUUCUUGGUAAAAAGAAAAACCCUCUAAGAAACAGAGUAGACUCUUGUGAAUACGAGACUGAUCAGUUAUUUAUUGGUACUUCAUUGUUUACCAUUUUAUUAUUUUUGAUGCCCACCAUCUGGGUUUAUUAUUUUGUUUUUUCAACUCUUAGAGUUAUCAUGAUUGGUCUUGGUGGUUUCCUAACAAGAUUAAAAUUUUAUCUACAAAUCAUGCCAAUUUAUGUUUAUUUUAAAUGGCUCUUUUGUACUAAAGAAACAACCGGUUCUAUUGGAAUUCAAUUACUGAAAAGACAAGUAAAAGGUCCUACAAUUUUGAAAACCAAACCUGUAAUGGCAUCAUGGAGCAUAACAUGGAAAAAAUCUAUUCCAGAUACAUUCAGCUUACACCCACCCAUUGAAUGGAAUAGAAUAAUCAGUGAUUUAAUUUGGGGAAAAUUAUUAUAUCCUCUAUAGUCUAUCAGUUGUCUAUUAUAGUGUAGAUUAUGUAUUAUAUGAGAAAUGUAAAAUUAUAUAUAUUUUUAUGUCAAUAAUAAAAAGUGUACGUCAAAUAAG